AGUACAAGUUAGCCUUAACGAGAAUUGACGCACUCUUAACAGAGUUGAAAAGGUUAGAUGACAAGAUGAUUCUUACCGAAGUACACCUGCUCGAGAGUCGUGUCUACCGUGGCAUUGGAAACCUGUCGAAGUCUAAGACCUCCAAAUCCGGUGUUCUCCACGCUGAGGACAAGGAUUACACUACUGCAUACUCAUAUUUCUAUGAGACUUUUGAGAAUAUGUCAUCGCAGGACGACCCAGCAGCGCUGAACGCACUCAAGUACAUGCUUUUGUGCAAAGUCAUGUUGAAUAUGCCCGAAGAUGUAACAUCACUUCUCUCCAUCAAGCUCGCGGUGAAAUAUGCUCAGCUCCGCGAGAUCGAGAGCAUGCGUACCAUAGCGCUUGCGCAUCAGAAUCGGAACUUGUCCGAUUUUGAGAAGGCCCUUCGGGAUUACAAACAUGAACUCUCGUCCGACCCUACCAUUCGCUCGCAUCUUGCAGCGCUUUACGAUACCCUUCUUCAGCAAAACCUGCUGCGUAUCAUUGACUACGUUGCCAAACAGGUCGGGCAAGGACGGCAGGACGUUGAGGCCAAGCUAUCUCAGAUGAUCUUGGACAAGGUGUUCCACGGCGUGCUGGAUCAGGGACGAGGAUGCCUAAUCGUAUUCGAUGAGCUAGAAGCCGACAACACGUAUGGAGCAGCAAUUGGGACUCUGGAGCAAGUUAGCAAGGUCGUAGACUCAUUGUAUGCCAAAACUGUCAAGAUUGCAUAGAUGUUGUUUAUGUUUCCUCCUUCCUACACGUGAAACUCAACAUGAUACGUAUGACUAAGGGGAAGAAAAGGCCACACUGUCAAUGGUAGAUAUGUCCGCGCUGAUCUGAAACUAAGUAAGUGGCUGUCAUCACUCUAAGGUUGUAAUAUACUGCGGAACAAGGGACGAGUGGAACGUGAGACAAUGUUCAAUGAGGUGUUUUGUACUUGGCUACAUUCGAUUGCUUGCAAUUGAGUUUUAAUGAACUGUACCCGAAGAUGAGUGUGGAGGAGAAACGCAAGUUCUAGCGAAGCGAUCACAUUCUUCGAUCUAUGGAGUUUACUGAAUAUUCCAAAUCUACUGAGAGCGCUAUGUACCUGCUGACGUGCAAGUAUUUCGAACAACUUCAUUCUAUGUUUUGGAUGAUCUUCAGAGCCGCUAAG